AUGCUUCCUCCGUCUGUCUUCUUUGCAGCUGCGCAGGAGGUAUGUGUGCGUGGAGCUCCUGAGCUCCUUCCCGAAGAUGAGGCGGCCCUGGCUCGCAUGCGGCCGCGGCCGGAGGCCGCCUUUGGAACUGCCUGCAACGACUUCCUCGCAAGCGGAUCUUGCCUCGGCGCAGGUGCAGACGCAUUGGUGAAUGCCCUGCUGGCGUUUCAGUGCCUUCUCGAUGCCAAGGCUCCUGUGCGCGUGGCGCAAUCCUUGGAGCAGCUCGCGGGCCUGUCAAGGGGAGUGGCCAAAGUUGCCAACGUUGGCGGUCGGAUGCGACUGUCCUUUGCAGCCUCGUCCUGUACACUUUGGUGUGGCUUGCAGCUGGCAGACUACCUUGCCCAGCGCUGGGACGAGGCCAACCUCCCCGAAGUCAUCCAGGAGCUUUCUGAAGAGAACCCAGAUGUUGGCUUUCUGCAGAAACGCUCAAAGUUCAUCCAGCAGAUUGGCUCUUCCAUGAAACGCGUGCUGAAGAGUCUCGUGGACUAUGCAGACCACAGGCGCCGCUUCCUCUGCUGCCUGGCCAAGCCAGGCGUAGAUGCUGCCGAGUACGACCUGCGUCUGCUCUUCGUGCCGCGCGAAGCCCGGCCAUCGGAGCUCGCGGCACAUGUCCGACGGCUCAGUGGUGCCGUCGAAGAGUUCAUCAUGGAGAGCCGCGGGAAGCGAACACUCCGCGAGGAGGUGGAGGCAGGCCAGCUCAUGGCUGAGGAUCUCUGGGACGAUUACCAGUGCGAGCCGCCCGACUACGGCUGCCAGGAGUACUGGGAGGCACACUUCGCCUCGGCACCCAGCGGCUCCGCAGAGGACCCGGCUGCGCUGGAAUUCGAGUGGAUCUGUCGAGACCUAGACUUUCUGGUUGAGCUCUUGAAGCCCCAUUUGCCUCAGGCUGGAAGGAUUCUCCAUCCGGGUGGUGGAAUGUCGCUACUUCCAGUUCGCCUUCAGCGCCAGGUGCCCGGGCUGCAAAUCCUGAGCCUCGACUCCAGCGCCAGCUGCACAUCUUUGAUGUGCGAAAGGCACGGUCACCAGAAAGGCUUGCACUGGAAGGUGGCGGAUGUUGCCCGACUGGAUGCAGAAACGCCGCUUCUAAAGGACUGGAGGCCAUUUGAUGCAGUGGUGGAGAAAGGCUGUCUCGAUGCCCUCCUCUGCAAGAGCGACGAGGAGGCCAACCUGCCAAGAUGCGUAGAAUACGGCAGGACGGCGAUGCAUCUUGAAAUGAGUUUCGUUUGUAUGCUGGACAAAGCCCGAUGGGUGCGCAGCUUCCAAGGCAGAGGAGGUGCACGAGGAGAGAAUCUCAUGGCACGGAAUGUAGAUGUGACAGAUGUAGGCCCUUACGUGCCAGAAGCAGCCACAGUUUUGGUGCAGCGCAUCGACACCAAGCCCUUGCCCUCCUACGCCUCCACGCGGCUGAAGGAGGACACUGCUUCUCAGAAGGCUCGAGCCGAUCGGCUUGGCCAGCUGCUGAGAGUGGCCUGCUCACGGACGCCAGGUGAGGCGGCCGAAGAGCAGGAGCCGCAGGGCAAGGAGGAGCUGGAUGGGCUUCUCUGUGGAGGUGGCCUCGGCAACACCUCAGUGCUCCGCAGCGUGAUGCAGCGCCUGGGGUUGGACUGCCGCCGAGAACCUUCGGCGCGGUUCCUAAUGAAGCGGAGGUUCAAAGAGCUGAAGAUACGACGGGACGCUGCAUCACAACUCAUCGACGAGAUGGAGCGGGAGGUCUUGCUGCUCAGCAACGAGCUGACUCAGCAGGCCACAGAGCUGACCAGGCUCCACAAAAUCGACGACGAAGCCCAUCAGGGUGGCCGCAACCUUCGGCACAUUGAGGGGGAGAAUUUCUGCCUCACGGACCUCCUGGCCUAUGGGAGCAGCCCUUGUGCUGCCACGAGGAGCCGCAUGAGCAGAUUGGAGGUUCCUGAGCCGCCGGAGUUGCGCUGCCAGCUGCGGAAGCAGCUCUCUGAGGCUGAGCAGGAGCUCAGCGAUCUCCGGACAGAGGUAUCUGCUCAGCGCCAGAUGGGAACCACGGCCUGGGAGAACGUGAAGCAAGUGCUCAUGGACACGCAGCCAGAGGCAAGCCUUCUGGAUGGGCGCCGGGCACUGCUGGCCUUUGCUAGGGGAAAAGCUCGCGGCACGUCGAUUGCAGAGAAGCUGCUCGACUGGGACGUGCAGCGCAAGCUUCUUCAGGCAGCGGUUUUCGACUGGCGAGCGAAGGUACGGGCACGCCGACGUACCGAUCGCAUGCAGGUGUUCCUGCACUUCAAAAUGGAAGCGAACCUCGCUGAGGUCUGCUUCAACCUCUGGCGCCAAGUGGUUGACCGCCAAUGGUCUCGACUUGCAGAGAGGCGCAUGCUCAGGUCCGAAAAGAUCAUGGACGGGCUGUCAUCUCUGCCCUUGUCAAAGUUUCUCGGGAAUCUGCACGAAGGAGUGAACCACGAGCUGAUGAUGAGGUGGACCUUGUCGGAGUGGCCCGCCUGGAGCUUGCAGCUGCUACGAGAUGACUUUUCCUUUCGAAUACAUUUUUUUUUUCCGUUGUCACGGCUGCCGUUGCUUUCUAUUCUACUGCCGUUGGCAGAAAUCAACUAUGGGUAUAGCUCCUGA